AUGUUUUCAUAUUUCGACCUCAGCCGGAUCCCGACUCUCGGCCUAAUCGUCCUCGCUGUCAUUGCCGCCGGCUACACGCUCCGAGGACUAUGGCAGUUCUCUCGCCGCUUCUUCACCCCUAUACGGCAUCUACCAGGUCCAUCGCGGCGCUCUUGGUUAUGGGGGAAUGCAGCGGCGGUACUCCAAGAUGACGCCUGCUUGUGUGAAUGGACGGAGCAAUUUGGUGUGGCAUAUCGACUUCCCAGCAUGCUUGGAAAGUGUCGCUUGAACACAAUCGACCCUCGCGCAGUCGGACAUAUCCUAUCGCAUACCGACAUCUACCCAAAAGCGGAGCACGCGAGGACAUUGCUUCGAGCGGCUAUAGGUGAAGGGUUAGUCGUAGCUGAGGGAGACACGCACAAGCGACAGAGGAAGAUAAUGAAUCCCUCUUUUGCCCCAAUUCAAAUUCGAGAGGCAACGCCUAUUUUCUUCGAGAUAUCAUACCAACUAAGAGAUGUCCUCAAUGAGCUUCAGGGAAUGGCGGUUAGUACGCAGGGAGUAGAACUUGACAUGUUCGCCUGGAUUGGGCGUGCGUCACUGGAGAUCAUUGGUCUAGCAGGGUUCGGGUAUCGGUUCAACUGUCUGGUUGACGAAUCGAACGAGUUGUUCCAUGCAUAUCAUGACAUGGAACAGGAGUUGGGUAGGAAUCCGCUUACCGACUUGCUGAAGGACCGUUUCAAGUUCCUCCGCCGUAUACCCGGUUUCCGUAAUCCGGUUAUGGAUGCUGCCCUCAAUACGACACAUCGCGUGGGGACUGAAUUAGUAAUGAAGCGCAAAGCUGAAGUAUUUGAGGAGAUGCAAAGCAAAUUCGGCCAGAACGGCAAGAUCGCCGGAAGGGAUGUUCUUACUGCGCUGAUUCGAGCAAACAUGGCAGCUGGUGUUUCUGAAAAUCAGCAGAUGAGCGACCGGGAAGUCCUGGCACAGAUCUCGACCUUCAUUAUUGCAGGACAUGAAACGAGUGCAUCUGCCGUGACAUGGACACUUAUGUCGCUCGCGCAGUAUCCUGAAGUCCAGGGCAAGCUCAGAGAAGAACUCUCUUUGGUAUCCCAGGAUAUGCCAACAAUGGAUGAUCUGAACGCGCUUCCUUAUCUUGACAUUGUUGUGAAGGAAUCUCUGCGACUGCAUUCGCCGGUCCAUUACUCCCUGCGCGUCGCCAAGCAAGACGAUACCAUUCCCUUGCUCCAUCCAAUCGUCGACCGCUAUGGAAGAAAGCUGGAUCACCUCCGAGUCCAGGCGGGCGACUUCGUGGGUGUGGAGAUCAUGCCGAUGAAUAGGAGCACAGCGCUGUGGGGCCCAGACGCCGGAGAUUUCAGACCAGAUAGAUGGAAUGAAGAAACAACCGGGGCAAAGGAGAUAUCUGGCGUCUAUGCCCAUACACUCACGUUCAUCGGCGGACCAAGGGCCUGCAUUGGGUACAGGUUUGCUAUCACCGAGAUGAAAGCGAUUCUGUUCGCCCUGAUCCGCGAGUUCGAGUUCGUCCCCGUUCCAGGUAAGGAGAUCGCAGUCAAAAACGUGAUCGUUGCGCGCCCAUACGUCAAAGGCGAGGGCACGAGGCUGCAACUUCCCUUACUCGUGAAGCGCGUGUCGAGGGCUGCUUGA